UCACUAAAAUAACAAGCUUUUUUUCUUCUUCUUGAGCUAAAUCUGUUAGCCAACUCUAGCCACACAAAAUUCUAUUAAAAGGCCACUGCUGCACCUUCUCAGAAACUUUUCAACAACUCUACAACAACAAUACUUCAGCGAAACUUUCGGCUGCUUCUCCAAUAAUUAUCUUUCCAGAUACUUUUUCCUCAAUCAAGAAUCGUCAUAAUUUCAUCAUGACGACGCCCUUUGGGACGACGCCCUUUGGGACGACGAUGCAGCACACCAUGAAGCGGCAGCAAAGAAAGUUAACAACUACUCAGUACCGCGUGUCAAAAACAGCAACUAAGUGCAGAAGAGCCAAUGAUGACAUACAGUCACCUACCUACCAUACAUCUACAUCCAUGGGUAGAAUUGAGGGUGGUAUACAAGAUGCUGCAAUGAAUACGAGACAAACCGGGUGGGUCCAGGCUCCUCGGCGCUCUGUCAAUUCAUAUAUAUUGUUCCGUAGUAAGUUUUCUGAUCAACAAUUAUUUGCAGAAGACCAACAUCUAUUUAGCCUUCUAUAUGAUUUUGACUAUGCUUGGAAAUCUUCCGCAAAAGUACAAGUCUUCCAUCCUCAGUAUCUUAUGGAGAGGCGAUCCUUUUCAUACCAAAUGGUCUAUCCUUGCUCGCGCUUAUACCCUUAUGAGAGACGCUAAUGUCAAGAGAACCGUCUCUGAAUUUCUUGUUCUUGUAUGUCCUUAUAUUGGUAUCCUUGCUGUUAAUGAUUACCUUGUCAAUCUCAAUUGGACACUCGAAACAAAUGAAGAAGGGAUUGUCUGUCUUCGUCAAACUUUUCCACCAGAUAUCCGUUCAUUUUCAGCACACAUCGCUAGCACUACCUUAACAGAUUUGGACAUCAUCACUUUCUAUAACUCCCAAAAUUAUAAUUGAGGAGAGAAGAAGUUGUAGAGAUCCUGCUGUUGGACCAUUUGCCAAGAUUUUGUUGAUGUGAAAUUCAUACCUAUUGAUUCAUCAUCAUAUGUAAGUCUGCACUU